UCCAGGAAUGGGUGGAGGAGGUAUGGGAGGUGGCGGUGGUGGUGAUAUGGGAGGUGGUGGUAUGAUGAUGGGUGGAGGAGGUAAAUGUUGGCUGUUAAAGUAGCUUAAAAAUAUUUUUGAAGGAAUGGGUGGUGGAAUGCCUGAUGGAGGCGGUGGAAUGAUGAACGGAGGAGGAGGAAUGAUGGGAGGGGGAGAUAUGAGCGGUGGUGGUGGAAUGAUGGGAGGUGGAAUUGGAAUAGGAGGUGGAAUGCCUGAUGGAAAUAUGGGAAUGAGCGGUGGAGGGAUGGGGAUGGGAUAUGGUGGAGGAAUGUCCGGAGGUGGUAUGCCCGAUGGAGGUAUGGGUGGUGGUAUGUCUAUGGGUGGUGGAGACAUGAACGGAGGAGGCGGAAUGGGCAUGGGUGGAAUGAGCGGUGGAGGUGGCCCAGGCGGUGAUAUGGGAGGAGGAAUGGGUAUGGGUGGAGGUGGAUCUGGAGGUUUUGGUUCGAUGCAGGGUGGUGGUUAUGGUGGUGGAUAUAGCGCAUCAGCGCGUCUUCCACCAAUCCAUAUUCCCCCGUAUUCUGCUGAGGAAGAUGCUGACAACAAAAAAGUGAAGCCGAUUGUUAACCCUUUAAGAACUUGA